ACUAUUUGAAGUUCCUUGGGUUAUCUGCUUCGUUCUUUGUCUUUGGAUAGACUAGUUGAAGUUCCUUGGGUUAUCUGCUUCGUUCUUUGUCUUUGGAUAGACUAUUUGAAGUUCCUUGGGUUAUCUGCUUCGUUCUUUGUCUUUGGAUAGACUAGUUGAAGUUCCUUGGGUUAUCUGCUUCGUUCUUUGUCUUUGGGUUAUCUGCUUCGUUCUUUGUCUUUGGAUAGACUAUUUGAAGUUCCUUGGGUUUUCUGCUUCGUUCUUUGUCUUUGGAUAGACUAGUUGAAGUUCUUUGGGUUAUCUGCUUCGUUCUUUGUCUUUGGAUAGACUAUUUGAAGUUCCUUGGGUUAUCUGCUUCGUUCUUUAUCUGCUUCGUUCUUUGUCUUUGGGUUAUCUGCUUCGUUCUUUGUCUUUGGAUAGACUUGUUGAAGUAUAAUAAAAUUUAUAUCUAACAAAUAUGGCACAACGAGCACCAGGUCAAGCUCGAUAUACUGAGGGUAUGCAUCCUAUGGAGCUGAAAGCAUGGGCUGAAGACCCGGAAACAGGUUUACGUGAAUAUUAUUGGGAUUGGGGCUUUGGCGGAGGAAACGAGGAAGACAUAUACCUCGAAGAAGAUCCACCGAGUCAUCUUAAGCGGCCGAUUGAACUCGUACGAGAGUUUAAUGAAAAAUUGCGAAAAGAUAAUGAAGAGGUUCGAGCAGACAUUGAGGCCAAUCCUCUUCAUUUCGUUUGCAUUUAUUGCAAAAAAAAUUUAAAAUCACUUUGUAGCUUAGAACAACACAUUUUCCCGAAGCGAUCUUACACUGACACUAAUCGCUUCGAAAUUUCUUGUCAUGUAAGAAAAGUUGAUGAAGAAUGUAGUGGUUUUGUGAGAAAAAGACAUGGUAAACCAGGUAGAUUUCCUUGGUUCUAUGUAACUGAUCGGCAAAGUGGUCAGCUAAUCAGACGAAGAGAUUACUCGUCUGAAUUAGCAAUUGAAAUUGAUAAACAUAUUGAAAAAGCCAAGAAUGAUUACUAUCUUGAUGGUGAACAAUAAUAUUAUGAAUAAAAAAAAGAAAAAUAAAAUUACAUCUUCUUGAUCAAAAAAUGUCUCAAUUGAUUUAUUUAUAUGUAUUAUAGUUACACAAUAAAUGGAUAAAUUACUCAGCAUUACCACUUCUCUUAGUUGAUAACCUUUUCUUUUUAUAUACAACAAGACCACAGGUACAAUUUCGUGGCUUAACAUCUUUCAAAAAAUUGUUGACUUUCCCCAUUUCACCUUCAAGUGUUAAAGCGAUUUUCAUACCAAAAUCACAAACAUUGGCACGAUCAAGUUCUAAGGGUUUCAACAAUCGAGCAGCAUCAUUACCAACACAGGGGGC